UAUAAAGCCAACAAAAAUUCUUAUUAUAAAAACCGCUGAAAUCGAAGCAAAGAAUCACACAACUUUCUUAAACAACUCUCAAGAAACACCUUCUUAGACAAACAAAAAACUAAAGAAAUCAACAUGAAAGCUUUCAUUACUUUAGCUGUUGUUUGCUUCAUAGCCUCAACCUUGGCCAAUCCAUUGGAAUUGAGCGAAGAACAAAAAGCCAAAGCUAAGGUUCACUUCCAAGAAUGUGUUGAACAAGAAAAUGUUUCCGAAGAAGAUGCCAAAAGAUUACGCAUGAAGGACUUUACCAAUCCCUCAGCUGCCAUGAAAUGUUUCGGUACUUGUUUCUUUGAAAAGGUUGGUACCUUGAAGGACAGUCAAGUUCAAGAAGAAGUUGUUUUGGCUAAAUUGGGUGCUCUCAUUGGUGAAGAAAAGACCAAGGAAGUUUUACACAAAUGCAAGGAUAUCAAGGGUGAUGACCGUUGCGAUACCGGUUUCAAAAUCUAUGAAUGUUUCGAAAGCUACAAGGCUCAAUUGUCGGCUUAAGUUUUGAAUGGAAAGAGUAUUUAUUAAAAAAAGAGAUAUGAAAAAAA